GCAACUCGACCACCUACGACUUCAGUAACCCAAGUGACCCCGUAACCAAGUCGUACGUGUGGUCAACUUCUUACGUUUUCAAUCCCCCAACCUCUGCCAACCCUGCCGACCCUCCAAAUCACUGGAUUGUGGCACCUGGUGCGCCGCCGCAGUCCAGAUCUGGCCCACCACCCUCUGCACUGCUCGCUCCCUUGAGCCUCGGAGGGCAGGCGCCCAUGUCUCUGGAGCUCGACCCUGCCAGGUGGAUCGUGACAUUUGGCAGACCAAUGGCUGCCGCCGCCCUGUCCGCGGCCGCAGCCUGUCUUUACAACAAGCUCAAGGCCAAGUUCACCAAGGUUGAGAUCUCCAUCGAGGGCACCGAUGGCACUCAGGUCCGAGUCGUGUACGAGGCCGGCAAUGGCAACGGCUCUGGCGGUUUCGCUUUCUUGGGCACAUCCGUAGGCUCUGCCAGUGGGCCCGUGGCUACUAUUGAUGAAGCCCUGAGGGAGAUGUUGACCAGCGGGAAGGUGCCCGCUGGUGAAACCUGGGACAUCUCGGCGGACACAAAGCCGAGCCCGCUGGCUCUCACGACGUCGUCCAGCAACUCCCUCCUCCCUGCCAGCACUACUGUCGCCGGAUACACCUCUCAGACUGGGGAGGCCAUUUCCUCUAACAUGGCCUCUUCCGGUCUUCAACAACAGCAGCAGCAGCCCGAUAGAGAAACCAUUGUGCCCACCAUUGUCUCGCUCAGCAAGUCUACCAAUGAAAGCCCUGGAGCCACCGAGCAACCCGCGGAGUAUAUCUCCCAGCCUGCCGAACCCAGCACCAAUGAUGCCGCCUCUUACGGUUUUCACCAGCAACAAGAUCUGUCCAGCAGCGAAACCUGUAUCCCCACCCACUUCAACGACGAUAACCCGAACGGAGUUCAAAGAAUUGCCGUUUAGGUCAACCCCAUACUCGCUAUCCACGUGGUCAGAUCGUCUUGGCGUUUCUUCUCCCUUGCCCAUCCGCCGGAAUAGACAUCCUCCUCCGAGGCUGCCUAGCUGGAGGUACACGCUACAAUCCUCUAACGAGCACAGUCCUGGCGGAAGCCGAUCACGAGCGCUCAGUCUCUCUACCGCCUUGUCUCCUAUCGCAAAUUCUCGUCCGUCUUUUCAACCUCGUUUAGAUUCAUCAUUUACGCCCCCUUCCGCUCAGCUCUCCGCGUUUCCAGCAGAGCUCCCGGGGUCAUCUCCGAUGGUUCAAUUCUCGCCCGUCACUGUCCCUUGCCUCGCUGGGUCCGGCCUUCAAGUAUACGUGUUGUUGGACAACAGCAGAGCAUCACCGUGCAUUGAAAGACUUCCUGGAUCACCUCAAUAAAAUGCGGAGGUCUAUUGGUACUCACAAGC